AUGAUCGGUACUUACUCGCCUCUGGGCCCCCUGAAGGCUCUCUCUGAAAUGACGCAGGAGGAACAGGCCGAAGAAGGUGCCAAAAAGUUUGUAGAAUUCAUGCAAUCGUGUCCUGGGAAGACGGCGAUGGCAGGCGGAUCAGGAUUCUUUCUUGGUGGGUUCUUCGGGUUAUUUAUGGCCUCUAUGGCGUAUGAUGUCCCAGUGGGGAACAAUGCAGCUGCUCACAUAUCAGAAUUACCCUUCAAACAGCAGAUGAAGUUGCAAUUUUCAGACAUGGCUAAGAGGUCCUACAGCAGUGCCAAAAAUUUUGGGUACAUUGGGAUGGUGUACUCUGGUGUAGAAUGUUGUGUGGAAAGUUUGAGAGCAAAACACGAUAUUUACAACGGUGUGAGUGCAGGAUGCAUCACUGGGGCCGGGUUAAGUAUCAAAGCUGGUCCACAGGCUGCGCUAGUUGGUUGUGCUGGUUUCGCUGCCUUUUCUACUGCCAUCGAUUUGUACUUGAGAAGUGAAAGUGCUCCUCCACCAAAAAACGACUACGAUGAAUAG